AUGAUGAACCAAGUUGGAUUCGUAUUGAAUAUAAUUACACUUAGUAUUGAUAUAUUUACAUGUUUGAUCUCAUUAAUAAUCUUUAUUACGAUCAUUAAUUAUCGUUGUCAUAAUCAUAUAAAACAAGAAGAUAAAAUAACAUUUAUUCUUUGUACUAAUAUCUAUCCAUUGACUAUGAUCUAUACAGCACUCAUGGUUUUAACUAAUAUUCAAACACUUUUAGGUGAUCUUUAUGGACAUAAUUCCAAUUCAUCAUUAUGUAUAUUUUUGGGAUAUUUUUCUACUGUUCUUCUCAGUAUGUUAUAUUGGGCUUUUGUCAAUCAGGCAUUUUAUCGUCUUUGUCGAAUUGUUUAUACAACAUAUAUAUGGCUUCAAUCUUCCAUGUUAUAUAUUCUGUUACCAUUUAUUGAACUAAUUUUAAUUUGUAUUCUUUUAAGUCCAGUUCUUUUCUGGAAUGAUAUUAUAUAUUUACCUAAAGAAAAUUAUUGUUUCGUAACAAUGACAAAUGUCCGAGGUGUACUUUGGCUUUUAUUAAAUGCUUUUUUUCUCCCUGUUAGUUUAUUACCAUUGAUAUAUUUACGUAUUACAAAAUAUCUUCGUCAACAAUACAAUUAUCAAGCAUAUAUCGUUCAACAACGACAAAAGCGAGACUUACUAGUCAUUCGACGUAUUCUAAUAACUGCUGGUUUAUUAAUCGCUCUUGGAAUACCAUCGACUGUGCUUGCAAUAAUUUUAUUUAUUACAGGUGAAGAACAUCCUCUUUUCAUGCGUAUUGAAUUUUGUUUGGUUAGUAUAACAUUGAUGGGAGAAUGUUUAUCGAUGGUUAUUAUUACACCACAACUAAAAAAUAUAAUUAUAAAGAAAAUAUAA